CACUUUUUCGCGCCAUGAUUUUUCUCCCGGUUUAUCGAACAACUAUAAUCAUAUUGAAUUAUGAUAUGGCAGGUCACCGGAACAGCUGCACGGUAUCCACACGCUGAGGUAAACAAAACCCUCAGGUCUCCUCGAGAAGUCUCGUGCAAACGCCGCUGCAUCACUGCCCGGAUCAACUGCCAGUGUUGUUCCGAGGUGCUUUGGGUUGCUGACGAGAGUAAACUUGGUGUUCGGUCACGGCUUCGUCAUGGUACCUUUCUUCGGUGUGCACUUGUUGGGAAAUUGCGAAUCUUACGCUUUGGUGAUCGUACUCUGCUCUAAUCCCGGAGUCGGUUGGCGCGCGAUAGGGACUCCUGUUGUAGCGGAAGCCUUCUCGUUUUUGGUGCCGGUAGCGGUUGUACUUCUUGGGGUUCGAUCGCUCUUUCUUGUGGUAGAGACGGAACUUAGUUGGGCAGGAACUCGUUCAGGACAUGUACACAUUCCUGCCUCCAACUUGUUUGAAUCCAGGGUUGUACGACGUUCGUUUCGACCCGAUAUCGGGCAAUGCACCGUAGGUUGUGGGGUAGGUUUCAAUUAUAUAUGCGGAAUCAUUCGUGUACUAGGCCCGUGCAAACCGUCCUGUAUUGCAACCAGGUUAAGAAGAAAGUUAAGAGGGUCGAAUGGCAGCAAUGUUCAAAGUACUUGAAUGAACACUCUGUAGGUGAUUUCACUGGAAACACGAGAAGUUGUCUCGCGCGCUUUUGAAUUGUAGGGGUGUCUUUCAGCUAAAGGUCAGCACACGUCUGUCAUCUUUACCUCGAAGAUGCGUACAUGGGUCUGCGGUCUGUUUAUAUACAGACCCACUGUCAAUUACAAACACAACGUCAUCUAUUGUAAUAGCACUCUUUGCAAUAUUUGCUGCGAGUAUAAUCUUCCGAACAUACGGAGGUGGCAGUUGGAAGACUUCUCUAUGUUCGUCAGAAGGCACCACUGAAUGCAAGGGAAGUAUUAGAAACUGGUAACGGUUUCCAAAGACACAUGAAGCUUAUAAGCAUUCUCUGGUCCAGGGUAUAUCUUCCCAUCCUGGCAGGAAUAUGAUUUCUUCAUUCUGAGUGCUUGUUAGCGUAUGUAUAGGUUCCAUUGCCAAAGAUACAGGUUGUAUCUUUGGCAAUGGAACCCUACAUACGCUAAGCAGUAAGUGUUCGAUCAGACCCAGAUCCAUCUCUUCUUGAUUUACAGAUGCAUGAUACUUCUUGAGCAUCUCUGCCUCUUCGAUAGAAGACAUCUUCUAAUCGUGUUAAAGUUAAACAAGACCUCCACAAUUAUCUUCGUAUUUGUAUCUUUGUGCUCAGUGAAGUACAUUCGCUCGGUGGCUAUUUUCUGUAAGUUACAAUAGGUGAGACAAAUCUGUUCAGGAUCUUUCCUUGAUGAUAAUUUCUAUCUUCGGUUCAACUCAAUAUGUAUCAUAAAAUUUCUAUGUCAAUUCAUAUGAAACCAUGCGCCGUCAAAUGCUGUUUACUUCGUGAAACUGUAGUGUCAAGUGAUGGAUCCAUGAUGUGAAAGGCUCGGGAACUUGCCAUUUGU